AUGUCGGACAUGAACGCAACCGUGACCGAGGUCGCAAACGGCUUCAACGUUUGUGGCUACGAAAAGAUUGAAUAUGACUUUGCAUUCCUUGAUGGAGUUUUUGACACGGCGAAUCCGCAGCUUGCCAAGUGCUAUCGCACCUGGGGGCGGUGCCUUGCAGUCAUGGAUCUCAACAUCUUCACGCUUUAUGGAGAGGUGAUUGAGGCGUACUUCAAGAGCCACAACAUUGACUUAACUAUACACAAAACCAUGAUCGGCGAGAAAGCCAAGAGCAUGGACACCCUGCUAAGCAUCAUCGAUUCUAUGAAUGACUUUGGUGUUUACCGCAAGGAGCCGGUCUUGGUUGUCGGAGGAGGUCUGGUCACGGACGUAGCAGGCUUCGCAUGCGCCGCGUAUCGCCGAAACACAAACUACAUCCGUGUCCCGACUACUGUCAUUGGACUCAUUGACGCGUCGGUGUCCAUCAAAGUGGCCGUCAAUUAUGGCCAGUACAAGAACCGCCUGGGAGCCUACCAUGCCCCCAUGCAUACCUUCCUGGACUUUACGUUCCUGCGAACACUCCCGACUGCUCAGAUCCGCAACGGAUUCGCGGAACUCAUCAAGAUCUCGUCCUGCGCGCACAAGGAGACGCUGGACCUGCUUGAUGAACAUUGCGAGGAUCUCAUUGGCAACGCGUUCGGCCGGUCCGACGCGUCAUCCAAGGCCCUCCGCGAGGCGGCAGACAAGAUCUGCAGGGCUGGCAUCUUGGAGAUGCUCAAGCUCGAAACUCCCAACUUGCAUGAGAUCAUGCUGGAUAGAGUCAUUGCAUAUGGCCACACGUGGUCUCCUCUUCAUGAGCUUGUCCCUAACCCGCCACUUCGUCACGGCCAUGCCAUCUCCAUCGACAUGGCGUAUUCGGCGACACUGUCCUACUUGAGAGGGCUUCUGACGGCGGAGGAUCACCAGCGGCUGCUUCGACUUUUCUCCCGCGCCGGUUUGUCAAUGGACCACGACCAAUUCGAUGGCCCCCUUCUUGAGAAGGCCACCGCCGCAAUUUUGCGGACAAGAGAUGGCAAGCUCCGUGCGGCUGUGCCGAUCAGCCCAAUGGGCGAGUGUACCUUCCUCAAUGACGUCUCGCAGAAAGAGAUGUUGGCGGCGCUGGAGGCGCACAAGCGGCUCAUGAAGGAGUACCCACGCCACGGCGCAGGUAUUGAUGCCUUCGUGGAUGCUGGUGACACCGGGUACACUGUCCACGGACAAGCUGUCGAGUCCACGAUGCCUGAGUACACCACUGGUAAUGGCGUCCGCAGCAACGGUGCGGGGGAUGUUGCCUACAACCCCAUCCCCUCGACGGAUGCUGCGCCAACAGCCAUUUUUGGAAAUGACAUCGACAAGAACAAAGGUCUCGCUAGUUUGGCACCCCGGCAGAUUGCCGUGACAGUACAGGAUGGAGCUGGCGAAAGCUGA